UCUUCCAGCCUCCCUCCACCUCCUUUCUUCUUCCCAGAUUUAUCCACCACAAUUUAACAAAUUCUUUUCUUCAUUCAAAACUAAAAAUAAUUAAAAAAACAAUUAUUUAUUAUUUAUUGAUUUAGUGUGAGAGCACAAUAAUUGUGAAAUGCAGACCAUAGCUUCUGAUCCGGUGACUCCCCAGCCGGCUGUAGCGGCCAAGGCGGCGCCGUCGCCUCAGUGGCUGCCUAUGCAGUAUCCGGCAAUGGUAAUGCAGCAUCACAUGAUGCCGCCGCCGCAUUACCCACCUCAUUAUUUGCCUUAUCAUCCUCUGCAGCAGCAUCACAUGGCUCCUAGUCAUCAACAAGGAUCCGGGGGGACCAGUGAGAACCAGACUAUUUGGGUGGGGGACCUUCAUAACUGGAUGGACGAGGAUUAUCUCCGCAACUGCUUUGCUUCAACCGGGGAGGUUGCCUCCAUUAAGGUCAUUCGCAAUAAGCAAACUGGCUUCUCAGAAGGCUAUGGAUUUGUGGAGUUCCUUUCUCAUGCUGCUGCUGAAAAGGUUUUGCAAAGUUAUACUUGUAUUCCUAUGCCUAACACCGAUCAACCUUUCCGUUUAAACUGGGCUACAUUUAGCAUGGGCGACAAGCGCUCAAAUAAUGGUUCUGAUCUUUCUAUAUUUGUUGGAGAUUUAGCUUCAGAUGUCACUGAUACCUUGUUGCAUGAAACUUUUGCUAGUAAAUACCCAUCUGUUAAAGCUGCUAAGGUUGUCAUUGACGCCAAUACGGGUCGCUCAAAAGGUUAUGGUUUUGUAAGGUUUGGAGAUGAUAAUGAGAGGUCUCAGGCCAUGACUGAGAUGAAUGGUGCAUACUGUUCUAGUAGAGCUAUGCGCAUUGGUGCUGCAACCCCGAGAAAGUCCGUUGCUUACCAACAACAAUAUUCUUCACAAGGUGGAUAUGUUUCCAACGGUGAAUCCGAUGGAGAUUCUACCAACACAACAAUAUUUGUUGGGGGGCUUGACCCAAGUGUUAGCGAUGAAGACCUCAAGCAACCGUUCUCCCAGUAUGGAGAGAUCGUCUCAGUAAAGAUACCAGUUGGGAAAGGAUGUGGGUUUGUGCAAUUUGCUAACAGAAAUGAUGCUGAUGAGGCACUGCAGAAGUUGAAUGGCACCGCAAUUGGGAAGCAGACAGUUCGUCUUUCUUGGGGCCGCAACCCAGCAAAUAAGCAGUUUCGAGGUGAGUAUGGCAACCAGUGGACUGGUGCAUACUACGGAGGGCAAAUAUAUGAUGCAUAUGGAUAUGGAAUGCCAGCUCAUGAUCCAAGCAUGUAUGCCGCUGCAACAUAUGGCGCGUACCCCAUUUACGGUACUCAUCAACAACAAGUAAGCUAGCCGGCUGCCUAAUGAACCGGUUAUACGAGGAUCACACGCGGAAAUGGGCAGAAUUGUUCCGAUUUAUGUAGUCUUCUUGUGUGUAGAAAUUCUAUAAUUCCCUCCAAAUGCAGAGUGGGACUGAAUUUUGACUGAUUCAGCUAGCUGUAGGAUUUGAUAACAUUUUUUUAGAAGUGUGGGGAUUUAACGUAAGACUUCCUGAUUAGAAUAAAUGUUCUUGCACCAGGUACUAUGCUCGGAAAGCUAGAUGGCAGUGGUUUUGCUUCGGCCAAGUUAGAAUGGAUUUUUAUUAAAUGAUA